GCAUCUGUGUGUGUAUGUACAUAUGCAUAUACAUGUAUGUUGGUAUCUGUGUAUGUACAUAAGCAUGUACGCAUGUAUGUGUGUAUAUAUGUAUAAAGAGUGAGUGAGAGAGAGAGAGAGAGAGCGCUAAAGAGAAAGUGAGAGAAAAAAAGAGUCAGUCAUUUGUAGUAAGCGACAGAGUCCAGGCGCAAGAAGCCAUGAGUCUGUUAUGGAAACAGCUUUAUUUAAAAUGGAAAAAGUCUCAAUAUGAGAUGAAACAGUCUCAAUAUACAACAAUAUUGAAUGGAUUAAAUAUGCGGAAGAAAAAGAGAAUUAAAGGACGUACCCUCCAGCGUUCUAAGACUCUCCCGGUGAUCCACAUCCCAGCACAGAUUGUACUUCAGUGCCAGUCUCCGGAGGCCCGUAGCCCUUUGGAAAAAAUCAACCGGACUGUGAUUAACGAUGAGUUCAAAAAGAAUUAUGAAGGACCAGCCAUUGCUUGGCAGUCAAAGGAAUGUGAGAAAGAAAUAUUUCAGAAAGAGGAGGACAAACACACCACACAACUGUACUACACCACACCACCACGAGUGAAUAUGACCCCCACCACUGAAAAUGAGAAGAGGUUCCAAAGCAGUAGUAGUAGUUUUUCCCGCUUGUCGCGCAGAUUCAGUCACAAAGAGAGGACUGAUGCCAGUAAUGGUAGCCAGCGUCAGCGUUCUGUUAGUGUUGACUUGUAAGUAAUCAGUCCAAGAGGAAACCCCCCCCCAAAAAAAAUCAUUCAGUUACAAUGUAGAGGGGGGGGAGGAUAGAAACUGAAGCUAUUGAUACAUCAGUUCCUCUAUGUUGACUUGCUCAAUAUCCUUUCAUCCCCUCUGUUCUAUAUAUAUAUAUAUGGGUGUGUGUGUAUAUAUAUAUAUGCAUGUAUGUAUAUGGUUCUCUUGUGUGUUUUGUAACAUAGAUAUAUGUAUACUUAUGC